AUGGCGCAUCGAAAAUUACAGCAGGAAGUGGACCGAGUGUUCAAGAAGAUCAGCGAAGGGUUGGAGAUAUUUGAUAUGUACUACGAGAGACAUGAAAAUUGCACAAAUAAUCCGUCUCAAAAGGAUAAGCUAGAAUGCGACUUGAAGCGGGAAGUGAAGAAAUUACAGAGACUGCGAGAGCAGAUCAAAUCCUGGCAAAGCUCUCCAGAAAUCAAAGACAAAGAUUCGCUUCUGGAACAUAGGCGAUCCGUAGAAGUCGCAAUGGAGAAAUACAAGGCAGUUGAAAAAGCCUCUAAAGAGAAGGCAUAUUCUAAUAACAGCCUGAAAAGAUCGGAUAGUUUGGAUCCACAGGAAAAGGAGCGACGGGAAGUGUGCGAAUAUUUAUCACAGUCCAUUGAAGAACUGGAGAGGCAGUACGACUCACUACAAGUUGAAGUCGACAAACUGAUAUUAUUAAACAAAAAGAAGAAAACUGCAACUGUGGCUAAUGAGGAACGCAAAAACCAGCUAAAAGACCUGCAAGGCAGGUAUAGGUGGCAUCUACAGCAACUGGAGCUUGCACUACGGCUUGUAGAAAAUCAAGAGCUUGAUCCAGAAGAUGUCAAAGGCGUGCGGGACGACGUCAACUACUACAUGGAAUCUAAUAUGGAUGCAGAUUUUGUGGAAGACGAAACCAUUUAUGACAGCCUAAAUUUGACUUCUAAUGAGGCCAUAGCACAUGAAGUCGCCGCUGCAUUUGCUGCUCAACACAAUGAAGAGCUAGAAGAGGACGCCGCGAAGGAGAACUCCAAGAUAUCCAAGAAAGAACAACGAAAAAUGGAAAGAGAGGCCAAGAAGGCUGCAAAAGCCUCCGCGAAAGCUGGUGGGAUUUUGCCUACUGACCAUGCUUCUGAGGCUACAGGAAUUGUGAUACCUCCCAAGAGCGAAUCGCGGCACAACGAGCUACAAAGUGACCCCCCAUCUGUAAGUACGUCAAGGUCAGUUUCACCAGCUUUGUCGUCAGCAGGUACCAGCAUACCAGCAACAGCUCCUAAUAAGGUACCUAAUGGAUCGCUAUCGACAUCCUCAGGAGCCGUUUCUGCUCAAACACCCGCUUCCGGUCCUCUACCGAAACUCCGCAGCGUAUCGCGCGAAGUCUCACCGGAUUCACAGGGACAUACGUUUCACCAGUCUCUCAGUGGCAUUUCUACAACUAGCACUUUAAAGCCUGCAACGAUACCAAUCAGACCAGCUGGCGACUUAAGAUGGGCCGCUGCUGCCUCCCAAGCAGCUGAAAAGGAUAAAAAGGCGGAGUCUUUAAGCAAUUUUCAGGCGGCGACCACAUCUAACUCUGCUUCGGUCGCUAACAGCACUGUUACAAGUGCUUCAAAUACCCCGGUUAUGUCUAAACUUCCUCUUGCUUCCACUCUCCCAAAGAGGACCACAUCUACCAGUAGCAUAGUGACGUCCGCAGCCCCUCCUGGUCUGGGCCACCCAGUAGGCUCUCUGGAUAUUAAUAGGAUAUCACAACAACAAAAACCAUUCAAUGAAGACCAAACUGUCAUACCAGAGAGCCCACAACCAGGAUUGAUUAGCGAUGAUUAUGAAUCUGAUUACUCCGAAGAAGACUUCGAGGAGCUUGCGGAGCAGAAAGUCUACACCACCGAAGAAUUCGUUGGCCGGAGCCUGAAACUACAAGAACUAAAGAAGAACCUAAGCGAGGACCUGGAGCUAUUAGUACUACCUAGCGGGAUUCAGGAUUUUAUUCUGAGUACCACAUUGGUCCAAAAUGAUGCUUACCAAAACAAUCAAAACAGUGGUAAACAACGAACAAUAUGCGAUUCCUGCUCGAUCGCAAGACUUGUCGAUGUUCCGGUGGGUGCUAACCCUCCGUCUCCUUUGGAUGCUUUUAGGUCCACAAGUUUUUGGGAUAUCACACGCUGCGGUCUGCGAGAAGAGUUACCUGAGUUAAAAAAUGAUGGAAUUGUGGACUUGGAUAGAAUAUUGGAAAAAUUCCGUGGUCUGGAGACAUUUUCAUUGUUUUACUGCUAUUAUUAUUCCAUUACUCCUUUGGAGCAAACCAUUGCUUACAAACUUCUUGUGGAACGUAGCUGGAUAGUUUCAUCAUCAGGUGAACAUUGGUAUUGUAGACACGGCCCUCCGAAAUUUACGAACGACACCUGUGAGAUCGCAGAUUACAAAAUCUUCAAUUUGGAUGACUGGGCCGUGAUUGACAAGUUGAACUACAAGCUAGAUUAUAGCAGCUUAAAAGAGCCUUCUGCUCUGAAAGCCGAUGUCAGCGAUGAACAGGGUCCCAUUGCGCCGAAUUAA